AUGGUCAGGCGCCAGGUCGCUAGGGGCUGGUUCUGGGCAAGUGCCAUGGACCAUCGUGCGUCUUAUCCCGCCUCCGCCGUGCCCUCGUGGAAUAAUUUCUGGACCAAGCAUUCAAUUGACGACCGAGGGUUUCGCAUCUUAGCGGAGGCCACAGGUAAGCGAGAGCAGGCAUCGGUCAUGGUAGAGCGCCAACCAGUGUCCAUAUCAUCGGUACCUACUCACGAAAUCUCCCUCGCAGCCCCGGCCAUCGCUCGAUCAUCAGCUCCCGCGAGCGUCCUCUUCAUUUCAUCUCCAUGGUUUGACACGUAUGUAGGGUGGCAAGGAGUGGUAUGGGCAGGAUUAGGCGACCCCGCGGUAGCAAUGAUUUACUUCGUUCAGCAACCAGCGCUGGGAAGCAUAAUUUUCUUCAGACCAAGUGCAAGCGUCAGUGAUGCGGCGCGUUCGCCUUCAGAGGGCAGAUUAACAGGCGGCGAAAUGGCCAGAAAUGCGUAA